CAUGUUCAAGUCCCUUACUUAUCUUAAAAUAAUGCAUUUGAAUUUUAUUAUAGAUACUCCGAAUGUGAAAUUAGUACAUAAACUUUCUGGCUUUUCUGAUUGAUAGACCCCAGGAAUUUUGACGACGACGUAAAGUAUUUGAAAAUUUCAGUUCAAACAACCCGCAUUUUAGUAUUACAUACUUUACAGAUGAAUAGCUUGAAAUUAAAAUAUCUAAAACGGAUUCGUAGAUACUUUUAUUUGUAUUUUACUUUAACUUCUUUAACAGAGUGUUUAAUGACUGUGAUGAUUUUUGUUGCUUUUUCACCUAGUAUGGAGUACAUAAAUAUGUAGUUGUGACAUUCUGUCUUGAAAUAUUGGCAUGUUUAUUGACUUGGCCUCUUUAAUUAGGAAAUAUAAAAAUUUCCAGACGGAAAAUGAAUAGUUAAUCGUGGAGGAGGAGGAAACAUAGCUCAGUACUUUGACUAGAGGCAGCUGGGAAAGUGACGUCCUGUAGCAUUUGCUGUUCUAGAAAGUACAGAGACACGUAGUGAAAAUGGGAGGAUCUAGAAGGAGGCUGUCUCCUGUGUAGUGUAUAUUUAUCUGUAAGUGAGCUGUUGGGGAAGGAUUGAAUACAGAGACGCUGUCUGCUUGCUGCCUUAAGACAGCUAGCUGAAUUGCCGAUUUACUUUAACUUUUAAAAUACCCAGCUUGGUUUAUUUUUCUUAGAAUCGGUCUAUUGCUAAGACUGGGGACACUGUUUUCUUUUACAAAGGGAAAUCUAAGUUCAUUUCAAGGCAUUCGAAAUGGGGAAAGACUAUUAUUGCAUUUUGGGAAUUGAGAAAGGAGCUUCAGAUGAAGAUAUUAAAAAGGCUUACCGAAAACAAGCCCUCAAAUUUCAUCCGGACAAGAACAAAUCUCCUCAGGCAGAGGAGAAAUUUAAAGAGGUCGCAGAAGCUUAUGAAGUAUUGAGUGAUCCUAAAAAGAGAGAAAUAUAUGAUCAGUUUGGGGAGGAAGGGUUGAAAGGAGGAGCAGGAGGUACUGAUGGACAAGGAGGUACUUUCCGGUACACCUUUCAUGGCGAUCCUCAUGCUACAUUUGCUGCAUUUUUUGGAGGGUCCAACCCCUUUGAAAUUUUCUUUGGAAGACGAAUGGGUGGUGGUAGAGAUUCUGAAGAAAUGGAAAUAGAUGGUGACCCUUUUAGUGCCUUUGGCUUCAGCAUGAAUGGAUAUCCAAGAGACAGGAAUUCUGUGGGGCCAUCCCGACUCAAACAAGAUCCUCCAGUUAUUCAUGAACUUAGAGUAUCACUGGAAGAGAUAUAUAGUGGUUGUACCAAACGGAUGAAGAUUUCUCGAAAAAGGCUCAAUGCUGAUGGAAGGAGUUACAGAUCUGAGGACAAAAUUCUUACCAUUGAGAUUAAAAAAGGGUGGAAAGAAGGCACCAAAAUUACUUUUCCAAGAGAAGGAGAUGAAACACCAAAUAGUAUUCCAGCAGACAUUGUUUUUAUCAUUAAAGACAAAGAUCAUCCAAAAUUUAAAAGGGAUGGAUCAAAUAUAAUUUAUACUGCUAAAAUUAGUUUACGAGAGGCAUUGUGUGGCUGCUCAAUUAAUGUACCAACACUGGAUGGCAGAAACAUACCUAUGUCAGUAAAUGAUAUUGUGAAACCUGGAAUGAGAAGAAGAAUUAUUGGAUACGGGCUGCCAUUUCCAAAAAAUCCUGACCAACGUGGUGACCUUCUAAUAGAAUUUGAGGUGUCCUUCCCAGAUACUAUAUCAUCUUCAUCCAAAGAAGUGCUUAGGAAACAUCUUCCUGCCUCAUAGAAUGAAGAACUUUGUUACCCAUAUUUUGAUAAGGCACUGAAAAUAUAGAAGGACUGGCAGUUUACUCAUGUAGAUGUGAAUUCUGUAUAAAGAUGUGUAAAUUCUUUUGAGGGUUCAUUAAAUUGCAUGAAUAGAGACGGGUCAAAUAAAUAGGCAAAAGGGAUUUUUACAGUUAGAGAUAAAAAGAAAACCAUUUACUAUAUUUUGUUUCAUUUUUCCCAAUUCAGUUAUUUUUAGUAAUUUGCUUAUAUGUAAAACUUGUUUUUGUGGAGUCAGUAGAUAGAAAGUACUAGACUACCAAUUACUUUAUUUCUUAUAUCUUUAGAUAAUUAGUAUGAAAAGUUUCCAUUUAUAAUGGAAAUAAAAAUUCUUAAGUGAACUAUACAUGUAAUAUGUAUUUCAAGAAGAGAAUAAAAACCCAAGUCAGUUAUUAGUUCUAAGUCACCUUCUGAAAUGCUGCUAUAGGGCUGGUAUCAGUAAAAGAAUAUUCUGAUGCAUAUGUUUCACCAUUUUGAUUUUUAAAGUAUACUGUAGCGUUUCUUUUUUUUUUUUUUCUUUUAUUUACUGUAGCAUUUCUUAAUAACAUUGUUGCGAUGUUCUUAAGGCAGACCUUUCUUCAUAAAAAGGAAAUUAAUGGCUAUUUCUCUCCUGUGGAAAUCCCAAUGGCCUGAAUUACUGAUAUUUUAGAAAUAGACUUUUUAAAAUGCCAUAUGUAAUUUUAUGCAAGUUGACUAUAUAUCUUGGACUUAAUAAAUUAUACGCUCAUUUUGUUCUCUGCUAGUUUAAAGUAAUUUGUUUAAUAAUAGAUGUGUUUUUAGAGGAAAUGCUGUUACUUGUAAUUAAUUUUCCAAUGAUACAGUCUUCUAUAACUUACUCAUAAUAUGCUAUAUGUACUUUAUGUAAUUUCCCUAAAAAGAAUGAACUACCACUACACUAUGGUAUUAAACCAAAAUAUGGGGAAAAUAAACACUAACUGCUGCUUAUGGACAAUGUUGCAACUGCUUGUUAUGCAUAUAAAUAUUUUACUUUUUCAUAUGUAUAGAUUGCAUUUCUUAGGUGUUUUAAUUUUUUAAAAUAUAUUUACGUUUAAAAAAUUA